GAGAGGAGAGAGAAGCAGAGGGAGGGAAAGAAAGAAGAGAGCGAGGAGAGAGAGAGAGAGAGUCCAGCCCACUCCGGUAAAACCAUUCAACUGGUGAGCGAGGGAACGCAUUCAACACAGAGAGAGAGACAGAGGAAAAGAGGUGGACUGUGAGCUGAGCUGAACUUUGCAGCUUCCAAACUUCUGAGGAGAGAACGAAAGAGAGAGAGAGAAGAAAGACAAAGACAGUAAGAAAGAGAGGAAGGAGGGACGUGAAAGAACACUUUUCUUUCUUCAACCAGGACUGCAUUUUUGUUCAGACACUUUUGGCCAAAACUCGACUUUUCUGGCUCCGUCUUUGCAUCUGCAUCCGGCAGCAUCAUUAAAUCCAGUCCAGCAGCCAAUCAGGCGACUCCUGCCAUCAUGUCUGUCUUACCUCUGCUAAGCUGGACGGUCCUGCUCCUGGUCCAGAGCUGUGGCUGUUUCUCAGACCCGGCGUCCAAACUCCAGCCUCUGCCGCUUUCUCUGACCGUCCAUCCUCACCACCAGCCGCUGCCAGACGCCGACGCCGCCGCCUCCGGCUCCCACUGCCCCUCCUGCGCCCUAGCCAGGAUGAGGAGAAACGAAGGGGGCGCGGACGACCUGGCGGGACAUGACCGAGAGGAGGAGGCUCAGCAGGACGUGGUGGAGGCGGUGAAGAGACACAUCCUCAACAUGCUGCACCUCCAGGCCCGGCCCAACAUCACCCGGCCCGUGCCGCGCGCCGCGCUCCUCAACGCCCUGCGUAAGCUCCACGUGGGGCGAGUGGCCGAGGACGGCAGCGUGCAGAUCGAGGGGGAGGAGGAGGCGCGAGGGCGGGGAGGCCGGGGAGGAGGAGGAGGAGGAGGAGCAGCGGCGGCGGCUCGGGCGGCAGACAGCGGCGACGCACAGGAGACGACAGAGAUCAUCACCUUCGCUGAGGCUGGUGAGUCUCAGGGCAUGGUGAACUUCGUCCUCUCUAAAGAAGGAGGCGAUCUGUCUCUGGUGGAGCAGGCGAACGUCUGGCUCUUCCUCCGCCUGGCUAAGACCAAUCGCAGCCGAGCCAAAGUCACCAUCCGCCUCUUCCAGCAGCUCCGGCUCCCCACUGGACGCCCGUCUUUGCCGCAGGACGACGUCCUUCUGGCUGAGAAAACCGUGGACACCCGUCGCAGCGGGUGGCACACCUUCCCGGUGUCGGCGGCGGUGCAGGCGCUGCUGGAGAGCACCGAGAGCACAACGCUGAGCCUCCGGGUGUCCUGCCCGCUCUGCGCUGACGCCGGCGCGACACCCGUCCUGGUCUCCGGCGGCUCGGAGACGUCUCAGCGCGCCAACCAGAGGGAACAAUCCCACCGCCCCUUCCUGAUGGCCGUGGUCCGGCAGGAGGACGGCAGCGACUCGCGGCGGCGCAGGAAGCGCGGGCUGGAGUGUGACGGGAAGGUCCGCGUCUGCUGCAAACGGCAGUUCUACGUCAACUUCAAAGACAUCGGCUGGAACGACUGGAUAAUCGCGCCGCCCGGUUACCACGCCAACUACUGCGAGGGGGAGUGCCCCACCCACGUGGCGAGCAUCACUGGGUCCACGCUGUCCUUCCACUCCACCGUCAUCAGCCACUACCGCAUGAGGGGCUACAGCCCCUUCCAGAACCUGCGCUCGUGCUGCGUGCCCACUCGGCUACGAGCCAUGUCCAUGCUCUACUACAACGAGGAGCAAAAGAUCAUCAAGAAGGACAUCCCGAACAUGAUCGUGGAGGAGUGCGGCUGCUCGUAAACAUAAAACCCUAAGCCGGAUCGGUCCGGAACGAACUGGGCUGGAGGAGGGGAGGAGGACUUCUGAACCCAGAGAGAGAGAGAGAGAUACAGGGAGGAGAUGGAGGGAGGAGAGAAAGGCGAACAGGUGACUUCACGAUCAUCGCCACGUUUAUCUACUGCGUUUCCUUCUUCGCCUCCUCGCCUCCGUCCCUCCGUCCCUCGGGGUCGCUCUCUGGGAAUUUAAAAAAAAAACUCUCCCCCGUCCUCAUCCAGCAGAACUCAGAAAGAGUCUCGACGGCACUUUCAGAAAAAAAGAAAAGAAAAAGAUAGAAAAAAAGAAUAUCUAAUAUAUUUUUGUUACAAAAGGAGGGAGCGAGGCUUAUUUAUGUGGCUGAGACGUUCAAGCACCACUCGACCCGUCAGAUCUUGGAGAGACGAGGUGCCUGAAAAACUACUAACAAAAAAAAAAUCUCAAAACUAUGCAACUUGUUUCACGUAUUACGAUCUUAUUGUAUUUUACUUUGUCUUGUCUUUUUUUUUUUUUAAUUUCCCAACUGUUUACUUUUUUCAAAAUGUACGAGGAAGAAAGAAGGAGACUCUUUUGUAUUAUUUUUUGGAAGUAUAAAUUUGUGAUGUGUGUAUGUGGUUGUGUGUUUUUGUCCAUUUAAGUGCAUAUAUGUAAGUUUGUGUGUGUGUGUGUGUGUGUUGAGAGAUACUUGAAAGAAACAAGUUGGCCCGGCUGCUGGAACCAAACACUUCUUUAUGUUACCAUGGUUACUAUGUUGAUGUUAUAAUUAUUAUUGUCAGUAAGUAUAUUAAUAAUAUUAUUGUUAUUGUUGUUAAUAAUAUUUCGUUUGGCUGCAUUCGUGUUAUUAUGUCUGUUUUUUUUUUGUUUUUUUUAAGAAACGUUACAAACGUUUUUAUUUUUUGCACUAUAGCGACACUCGUGCUCCGAUUAGCCAGACUGAAGAGACCCUCGCAGAGGGGACAGACCGGAGCGUCCUCUUCGGGGUGAACUCCAGGUUACAGAUCUGAAAGCUCACAGGUUUGAUCCCCCACGAUAAGCCAGGUGUAGUUGAUAACGUCAUCAUAAGUCCAGUCUUAGAAAACACACGAAAUGUGUCACCUGUAGGUUUCUGAAGGUUUACGUCUCACCGCCAGAGAAUCCAAAUUUGGGCAAAAGUAGGGCUGCGUGUGAUAGGCUGAGUCACCUGUCAGUCAAGCUAACACUCUCUAAAUGUACUCGUUUUAAGUUUUAGGGCUGUAGCCGGGGAUUUUUCAGAUACUGAGGUCGUGAGUCGGUGGAAACCACAGCCACUGAGCCACUUAAAAGCAAGUCUCUAAAAUGACGGGAUUACACUAUUUGUAUUUUCAUGUUUUUCUAAAAUUUGUUAACUGUUCAGUUACAUUGUAAUGUUCAUUUUAUUUUCAACGUGAAGGUCUAAAUGUUGUCUCAAAGCCUUCCCCCAACCUGCCGGAAAUAAAAAUCUGAAUUUGCAGAAAUGCUGCAUACCUUUUUAUUUAAGUCUUUAAUUGUAAAAUGUAAACUCCCCCCAGUGUCCCAUUAAAAUACAGAGGGCUUGAUCUUGGAUAAAUCGACAGCUAACAUGUUGUUGAUGUGAAGCAAUGCUAGCCGGUCAGUUAGCACUGAAAGCUAGCAUCUCUGGAUGAAACGUUUUAUGUCUGUAUCAAGCUAAAUGUUUAAACAAAUAAAAAACGAGCUUGUAGAACGUGGCAGUGACACCAGUAUUAAUCUGACGAAUGAGACGCAGAGCGCUAACGAACGUGUAAUCGCUGGAAGUCACCAGGAACUUUCUGUCUGUCCAGUCAGAUGUUGCGAGGACUUUUGUUGAAGUGGAGAGUAAAAAGCACUUAGAAGAAUAAAAAUGUAGAUUUGGACUUAUCACGACAUGUCUCAACUCCCAUGAGUGGCAGUUUAGCGGCGGCCAUCUUACGUCCUUUCUGUUAGCCUAAAUAUUUGGUGACAGCUAGCCUUAGGUACUAACCUACUAGCCCCCCAAUCUCCAAAAACCACAACAAAAAGAACAAAAACACAGAUUUGAAGCACUAGAACAAACGCCUUAAAACAACUUCUGUAUCUUUGUCUCUGGUGGAUGUUUACAGUACGUUAACUAGCUAACUGAAGGUGAUUAGCAUUAGCCAAGAAAACGCAAGUUGCUGUUGGUUUUCAUCAUUAUACACUACGAACAAAAACACAUUACUUUAUCCCUUCAACAUCCUUUCUUUUUUGUUAAAUCAACAUUUAAGUAUCACAGCUUUUAAGGGAUUCAUUCACAGAGGCGCCAUUAAUUUAUCUGUUUUUAAUCUGUUAUGAAUGCGGCACUUUAUUUAUUUAAAAACUUUCUGAAAACAAUUGUUCAUUAACAUUAGGCUAAUCCCUCUUUAACUUUUGCCAGACACCUUUAAAAUUAGUUAGAGGGCAAUUAAUGAAGAUGGAAGAUUGUGGGAAACAACCCCAUAAAGUUGACUGUUUUCUUUCUAAUAGAAAACAAAAUUCAUCUCUCCACAUGAACUAAAACUACCUUAAUCCAAACAUUAAUGGACCUUAAUAGAACUCUUAUUUCACAGGUUAAUGGUUUGUUACGUGGCCCAUGGUCUUAUUAGGUCAAUUUAAAUUGUCUUUGUACACAAUAAUCCGUUAAUAACAAUGUAAACCUGCGCAGAGCGUCCAUGAAUCAACACAUGAAUAACUCCAUAAAAACCCUUGAAGCUGUGGCAUUUUUAACUGGAUUUAUUGGAGAAAAUAUUACAAAAUUAGUGAUUCAAGUGUUUUGGUUUGUAGUGUUAAGCAGCAGUUUUUACCAGAGACAAAGAGGCUAACGUUGUAUUCUUUCAGCGGCGCCCUGGUAGCCUAAUGUUUACGGCGCGUACCACAUAACCGCAACGUCCACGGUUCGAAUCCUCUCCCCAUGUUUCCCGUCUCUCUCUCUACUGGCUGUCAAAUAAAGGCAAAAUUGCUCGAAAACAUCGUAUUCUUUCAUUUUCACAGUAACAUACGAGGAUUUCAGAUGAUCCGUUAGAUCCGUGCGUUCAGUUUGAGAAGAGACGGACGGCUGUUGCUCUGGAGAAAACAUCCAGUUUUAGUUUGCGUUGGAACACCAAAGAGUCCAGUUUGUGCACUUGUUUGUGUGAGAGAGAAAAGUGUUAAAGUUACAUUCAAUGAUGCUGAAAAAGAAAAAAAAAUGUAACAUAAAAUGAAUUAUGUCCAUUUUGUGGGAAAAAAAAUACAGAAAAUUCAAUGAAGUUCAGGAUUCAGAAUCUCUGAAGUCUGUGAAAAUGUGGUUUGCUAAAAGUUGAACUUGCUUUCGUAAAGAGGGACAGCUGAUGUUUUAUUUCUGCUUUAUAGUUUUUGUUUCAGAGUCAUUUAGUUUUUGAUCAUUUUGGAACAAAAUUCUUCAGUUUUUAUUUGAGUUGUGAUGUUUUUGUUCCCCUCCUUUUCCUCUCUCCCUGCACAUCAAGAACUCAGUUUCCCACAAUGCUUUACUCUUUAAUUUUAUCUUAUCAUAAACUGAAAAAGACAAUCCACAGUCGCCUUGUUGUGUUUUUUGGAGAAAACAAACGUUGUCCAAUCAGAGUGUUUCUGUGUUGUAUGUGUUUAUGUCAGUAUUGUCGACUUGUUCACCAAAAGUUUUGGAGUAUCGGUCCCCUUUAUGAUGAAGUCACAGUGUUAUGUUUUUAUUUUUAUGUUCUCUUUUUGUUGUUAUUGUUUUAGAAGAGAGUGGACGCUCUUCUUCUGGACUUUCUGGGACAAACUCAUAGUCCAUCCCGUGUGUACAUGGACGCAUACAAAAUGUCAGUGCAGAAAAAAAAAGCCGCAAAAAGUUGAAAAAAAAGGCAUAAAAGAAGUGGUAGUAUUUGUUCAGAUUUUGUUCUUUUUAUCAAGACAAAAAAUACUGACACUGAACGAAGUGGACAAAGAAUAAAAAGUCUAUUUUUUAUUCUGUAUAUAUGGAAAUUAAGAUUCCAGUACGUUGCAUUGCUUUGUUGUACAAAUCAAAUGUGCUUGUGGCAUUUUUCUAAUCUAAUUUAUUUUCCGGUAUUGUUUUAUUUUUGUUUUCUGCUUCACCAUUAAAGUUUAACGGAUGUACACAAA